AUGGUGUUGCUCGUUUGCAAGACACGACCCCAUAUUACUAGCAACAAACCAUCAGCUGAGGUCAGAGCCCCGGCUCAAGCCACCCAACGAUCCUCCAGCGAUAGUAUGGGAUAUACAAGUAGCAGGUCGUCUGCGGCACUCGCCGCUGUCGGUCUUGUCGGCGGCUCUCGGGGGCUCUCGGGGGCUUGUGAUGCGAUCGUCGCGGCUGCUGGAGGAAAUCUCGGGACUCGGGGCCGCGGUGUUGUGCUGCGGGGCAGCGAUGGCGAGAUCUACCGGGCCCGGGCUGGUUGCUUUCAAUAUGGCAGCAAAUCUCUCAAUUUCCUGCAGGCUCUCGCAACGUCGGUGGCAACGCCUUGGCUUAUGUCAGGCACGUGGACUGCGCAGAGGCAAAAGGCGUCGAAGCAGAGACUAGAACAAGAGAAAAACUGGGAUUUUCUUAUGGUUUUUCACUGCUGGGGCCAUGGAGCCUUUAUGACUAAGAGGAUCCUCCGCCAUCUUCCUCCAUCCAGCGCCAUCCAUCGCCAUCCAUCAACUAUCCAUCACUGGCCUCCCACCAUCGGGUUGUCGGGGCGGGGCGGCAACGGCCACUCACAGCGCCCUCAGCGCGUUGGCAGGUGCCCCUAG